GAAGCCUAAACCAAUCAGCUCCAGCAGUAGGAGGGAACUGUAUUUGCUCGCGCUAUUUAUGGUAUCUCCCCACUUCUCAGUGUGUGUCUCACCGACAAGCGUGUGGCGCAGCACGGGCAGAAAUAGUCGGUAGGAUGUCCAAAGAGGGCCAACCACGUGAGCCAGAGCAGCUGCGGAAGCUCUUCAUUGGAGGGCUCAGCUUUGAAACCACAGACGAUAGUUUGCGGGCGCAUUUUGAACAAUGGGGCACCUUAACGGAUUGCGUGGUGAUGAAAGAUCCAAACACCAAACGCUCCAGGGGCUUUGGGUUUGUUACUUAUUCCAGCGUGUCUGAAGUUGAUGCUGCUAUGGAUGCACGACCCCACAAGGUCGACGGUAGGCUUGUGGAGCCCAAACGAGCCGUGUCUCGAGAGGACUCCAACAAGCCGUUUGCUCACACAACGGUGAAGAAGAUAUUUGUCGGUGGCAUUAAAGAUGAUACUGAGGAGGACCAUCUUCGUGACUACUUCAAACAGUUUGGCAAAAUUGAGGCCGUUGAGAUAAUGGUUGACCACAAGACCGGAAACAAAAGAGGCUUUGCCUUUGUUACAUUUGAUGACCAUGACUCAGUUGACCGUAUUGUCAUUCAAAAAUACCACACUGUGAAUGGGCACAACUGUGAAGUCAGAAAAGCUCUGUCUAAACAAGAGAUGCAGAACACUGGCAUGAACUCAAGAGGCCGUGGUGGUGGAGGAGGAGGAGGAGGAGGUGGUGGCGGCGGUGGUGGAGGAGGAGGAAACUUCAACAGAUAUGGCAAUAAUGGCGGCUACAACAAUGACUUUGGUGGCGGUGGCAACCGUGAUGGAUAUUUUGGAAGAGGAGGCAGAGGUGGUGGAGGUGGCGGUUAUGGAGGUGACUGCUACAACAACGGAUUUGGUGGAGGAGAUGGUAACUAUGGUAGUGGCCCUGGUAACUAUGGUGGAAACCGUGGAUAUGGAGGUGGCAGUGGAGGAGGUGGACAUGGUUAUGGCAACCAGGGUGGUGGUUAUGGUGGCGGCGGCGGCAGCAGUGGUGGUGGCUAUAAUGACAAUUACAACAACGGCAAUGGAAACUUUGGGGGUGGCAACUUUGGAGGAGGUGGUGGCAGUGGAGGUGGUAACUACAAUGACUUUGGCAACUAUAACAACCAGCAGUCAAACUAUGGUCCUAUGAAAGGGAACUUUGGAAGUGGCGGAGGUGGUAGAAACAGUGGCCCAUAUGGUGGUGGCUAUGGCGGUGGAUCUGGUGGUGGAUAUGGAGGCGGCUCUGGUGGUAGACGGUUUUAAACUCAAAGGACUGAGUGCUUUAGGAGAGGAGAGCGAGAGAAGUGACAGGGCAGAUGCAGGUUUACAUCCCUAGAUCUGCUCAGCCAAACAGGUGUGGCAGAUUUACAGCUGCCACCAGAAGAAGUGUACAGUAGCGCUAUCAUGUGUGGGACAUCAUGAAUUUGUCAUCAUGCAGACUUAUUUUAUAUUGUCUAUGGAAAAGCAUUCCAAUGAGGUUUUAUGUAGAACUACAGUCUUUAUGGUUUUGAUUUUUAUGUAACCAAUCAAGGUGAAAUAAAACAUCAUUUUUGUUUUUUUUAA